CGGGGGGAGGCGGAAACGCUACAUAAAGACGCGCUGAGCGUGCCGAGACGACCGGCGUGGACGCACGAGAUGCGAGCGGAGGAGGUGGAUGAAAACGAACGGCGCGGGUUUUUGGAGUGGCGGCGCGCGCUGGCGGCGGUCGAGGAAGAUUCGAGGUGCUCGCUGACGCCGUUCGAGAAGAACUUGGAGAUUUGGCGACAGUUGUGGCGAGUGUGCGAGCGAUCGGACGUCGUCGUGCAAGUGGUGGACGCGCGAGAUCCGUUGUUUUAUAGAUGCGAGGAUUUGGAGGCGUACGUCAAGGAGCUGAAUCCGGGCAAGGCGACGAUGCUGCUGUUGAACAAGGCGGAUUUACUCAGUAAAGAACUUCGCCGGGCGUGGGCGGAGUAUUUCAACGCCAAAGGGAUUUCAUUCUUGUUUUGGUCCGCUAAGGCGGCGUACGAGGAGAUUGAGGCUGAACAAAUCGCCGCCAAGGCGGCGCAGACGGCGAAGGAGCUCGAGGAGACAAACAGGCGAUUGACCCUUCACGCGGCGCACAUUUGGUCCCGCGCCGAGCUCUUAGACAUUCUACAAAAGCGCGCGGAAGCGGCGGUGGAGGCCAUGGGUUCGACUCGAGUGAAACGUAAAGGCCCACAAGCGAACCGUGUCGUGGUCGGUAUGGUGGGUUACCCGAACGUCGGCAAGUCGAGCACGGUGAACGCCAUCGUGGCGUCGAAGAAGACGGGCGUGAGCGCCACGCCCGGUAAAACGAAGCACUUUCAAACCCUCGAGCUCGGCGACGAUUUGCUUCUGGCCGACUGCCCAGGUCUCGUGUUUCCGACAUUCUCAACGUCAAAGGCGCAUUUGGUGUGUAACGGCGUCAUACCCGUCGAUCGUCUCACGGAUGUCACCAAGCCGAUCGAAAUCAUCGCCGAACGUAUUCCGAGGUCCACCAUCGAACACGUGUACAACUUGACGCUUCCAUUACCCGCGCUCCAUGAAGACCAAGGGAGAAACGCAACCGCUCGCGAAUUCCUGCGGGCGUACUGCGCUGCGCGCGGGUACACCGUUCAAGGCAAUAGACCGGACGAAGUUCGCGCCGGUCGCGCCGUGCUCAAGGAUUACAUCAGCGGAAAGCUGCUGUAUUGCGUCGCCCCA